UUUUUUGGACAUCCAGAAGUAUAUAUUUUAAUUUUACCAGGAUUUGGUAUAAUUUCUCACAUUAUUUCUCAAGAAAGAGGAAAAAAAGAAACAUUUGGUUGUUUAGGGAUAAUUUAUGCUAUACUAGCUAUUGGAUUAUUAGGAUUUAUUGUAUGAGCUCAUCAUAUAUUUACAGUUGGUAUAGAUAUUGAUACUCGAGCUUAUUUUACAUCAGCUACUAUAAUUAUUGCAGUACCAACAGGAAUUAAAAUUUUUAGUUGAUUAGCUACUUUUCAUGAACUCAAAUUAACUAUCCCCAUCUAUUUAUGAAGUUUAGGAUUUGUAUUUUUAUUUACUGUUGGAGGAUUAACAGGAGUAAUCUUAUCUAACUCUUCUAUUGAUAUUACAUUACAUGAUACAUAUUAUGUAGUAGCCCAUUUUCAUUAUGUAUUAUCUAUGGGAGCAGUAUUUGCUAUUUUAGGGGGAUUUAUUCAUUGAUAUCCUUUAUUCACUGGAUUAUCUUUAAAUCCUUAUUUAUUAAAAAUUCAAUUCAUCACAAUAUUUAUUGGAGUAAAUUUAACCUUUUUCCCUCAACAUUUUUUAGGGUUAGCAGGAAUACCUCGACGAUACUCUGAUUACCCAGAUUCUUAUAUUUCUUGAAAUAUUAUUUCAUCUUUAGGAUCUUAUAUUUCUUUAGUAGCCAUUAUAAUAAUAUUAAUUAUUAUUUGAGAAUCUUUAAUUAAUCAACGAAUUGCUUUAUUUACAUUAAAUUUACCCUCAUCAAUUGAAUUAUACCAAAACUUACCUCCAGCAGAACAUUCAUAUAAUGAACUACCUAUUUUAAGUAACUUCUAAUAUGGCAGAUUAUAUGUAAUGGAUUUAAACCCCAUUUAUAAAGGAUUAUCCUUUUUUUAGAAAUGGCAACAUGAUCAAAUUUUAAUUUACAAAAUGGAGCAUCCCCUUAAUAGAACAAAUUAUUUUCUUUCAUGAUCAUACUUUAAUUAUUCUUAUUAUAAUUACAAUUUUAGUUGGUUAUUUAAUAACAAAUUUAUUUUUUAAUAAAUAUAUUAAUCGAUUCUUAUUAGAAGGACAAAUAAUUGAAUUAAUUUGAACUAUUUUACCAGCAAUUACUUUAAUUUUUAUUGCUUUACCAUCAUUACUAUUAUUAUAUUUAUUAGAUGACUAAAUAAUCCCUUAAUUACCUUAAAAUCAAUUGGCCAUCAAUGAUAUUGAAGUUAUGAAUAUUCAGAUUUUCAUAAUAUUGAAUUUGAUUCAUAUAUAAUCCCUUCUAAUGAAAUAAAUUCUAAUAGAUUUCGAUUAUUAGAUGUUGAUAAUCGAAUUGUUUUACCUAUAAAUAACCAAAUUCGAAUUAUAGUUAAAGCAACAGAUGUAAUCCACUCUUGAACUAUCCAUCAUUAGGGGUAAAAGUAGAUGCAAACCCCGGACGUCUUAAUCAAACUAAUUUUUUCAUUAAUCGACCUGGAAUUUUUUAUGGUCAAUGUUCAGAAAUUUGUGGAGCUAAUCAUAGAUUUAUACCUAUUGUAAUUGAAAGAAUUUCAAUUAAAAAUUUCAUUAAUUGAAUUAAUAAUUAUUCUU